AUGCCACCUCGCCUUAAGCAGUCUCGCUUUGGCCUCGCCUUGGCCUCGCUUUGGCCUCGCCUUAGGUUCGUUCGCCUUAGGCUUUGUUUAAUCCCUGCCUCGCUCGGACGCAAACGAGCCAGACCAGGUCAGGCAGGGUUUAGUCAGCGUCGUCUGUCCUGGCCGGGCCGAAUCUUCUCCAGAGGUCAUGACAUGCGACCUCUUCGCGCCAGACAGCCCUCGGCUCGACCGCAUGUCCCCACCCAACACCACCUUCCCACAUUUUCAGGCUCGUUGUCUCGCGUGUUUGCGUGUAACUCCCAUCCUCUCCCUUUUCGCUGUCUCGCCGUUGCCAUUUGCGUCGCCGUCGCCGUCGCCUUCGCCAUUCUCGCCGUCGCCAUCCUCGCCGUCACCGCAUUCUGUUCCUUCGUGCUGGCGCAAUCAUCGCCGUCCUCGCCUUUCGCGCCUUUUUCACCUUUCUCUCCGUUCUCGCCAUCUCCGCCGCCAUCCUCGCCCUACUCGCCGACGUUGCCAUUCUCGUCAUCACCUUCGCCGUAA